AUGGUAGUGGCCUCUCCUCAGCGCCCUGUUCGAGAGCGAAACUCGAAGAGUUUAUCCCCGCGACAUCCAGCACCAACUCAUGCGGAGCCGCCACCGGGUUCCGCCGUCCGUCAUACGAAGUUUAACCACAAGAGCAUAGAGAGGCUACGAAGCAUAGGCUUUCCCAGGGCCAAUGGAGGGGGCUUUGUAACCUCCAAGAGUGGUGGAAUCAGCGCAAGCGAAUUUGGAGAGGGCAGAGCCGAACAUGAUCAUCGAGUGAACCAAGAUGGACACGGGCGGGGAAAAGGCGGGCAGUCUCAAGCUUCGGGCUUUCCAGCGAGCUUUGAACAUGUGGGGGGCGGCGACAAUGAAAAAGUGUGGAAGCCGGAGGACAAAAAGUCCCCCGAGGCAUCCAUUCCUCGCAGGACUAACGGGACGAAACGGGCGUACGAGCUGGCACUCAAGGCGUUCCAAGACCUAGCGCGCGAGUUCGACUUGCCUUCGAGUCGCCGGCCUCUGACGCCCGAGGCGAUAGGCGUUGGUUCCGUCGAAAGUGGAGGCCAGCCUCCAAGUGACGAAUCAGUGGCAUGCAUGUCCGAUCAGUCCGAUCAGGGGGGAAGGUCUUCACGCACGGGGUCGAGGCCAGAGCAACAGAGCUGUUCGGGAGCCGAAUGCUUCGAAGACGCAGGCGACGACUUAGACUCGGAGGGCCCGACCACCGGCGUCUGCACGGCAGCGGAAGUGGAAGAUUUCGAUCUGGCGCUGAUGAAACCCUCUCAGCCGGCCGCCACGGCGGGGGAGGCGCGCUUCAGCAGCGCCAACGCGUGCAGCAUGCGGAAGGAUAUGACGAGGAAGACGCGCCAUCUUCUGAUGCCGGUGACUGGCGAUCUAAAGCAAGUUGAUUCCCUCGUGUCUUCUGUGGGCAUGGGGGCCGCUGCUCAGGACGGAGUCAAGGAGCGAGGAGGGAAGGCGGCUGGUGGGGGACAAGGAGUAGAGGCGAACAAUGGACGGCUUCCAGUCGGGGACGACACGGUGGACGUGCCGGGGGUGUCGGGGAUGAGUACAGCCCCCGCAGGAGGAGAACAGGGGCACGUUGUACCGGGGGACCACAAGGACGGCGUGGAGGUCCAGCAACAACGGAGACCAAUGUCAGCGUCUCAUUUCGACAGCAGCAACAUUUUCAGCAUUUUCCACGAGAGAGACCUGAGAGAACGGCCUGUCACGUCUAGAACAGAAUAUAUCAGGGCGUGCGCCGAGCUUUCUCUGUCUCCCAUCCCAGUUUUUGACCAACUACUGGCCUUCGGAAGCAAAUGUGGAAAUGGCUCUGUGGCGGCAGCAGAAGACGCAGGGGAAGACUCGGACAGUAUUCCACUUUUCGAUUUGGACCUCAGGAGCUACGGGUUAGGACCCAAGCGGUCGCUCGCCUUGGCGGCGUUCUUGAAGACUUUCCGAGUGGCAACGCUCCGGUCACUCAACAUCGAGGACUGUGGCGUGCCAGAAUCAGCCAUGGUAUCCAUUUUGCAGGCUCUGAAGGAGGAGGGCCGAGGGAUCGUUUCCCUCGACAUUUCCGGGAAUCAGAUCAAGAGAGCGAGUACGGCUGAGAUUCUUUCAGAGCUUUUGGAACCCCCGGCUUCGUCUCUCAAGAUCCUCCGACUGCGCGGCUGCAGUGUGUCCUUGGCAGCACUCACGGCCCUCUUGCCCCCAAUGCAUGACCGCCGGUCCAGCGUGAAAUCGCUCUGCUUAUCUCGAAAUGGAUUUGGAGGCGAAGGAGCAGGGACAGCCCUGGCCAGCCUGAUCGACAUUAACAUUAGCCUGAAAGAGCUCGACCUUAGUGACAACCACUUGGGCGGACAACAGCUGGCUAUGAUAGUUCAAGCGCUAGCGGUCAACUCCAGCCUGCGAACGCUCGAUUUGGGAUGGAACAGUCUCUCCGAAGAAAAGGUGGCCGAUGCCCUUGUGGAAGCACUCAAAGAAAACCAAGCGCUCACCAGGCUAGAGCUGGGCUACGCGGGGCUGGGGGAAGAGGCUUGCGUGCGGCUAUCGGAGGUGCUGGUGGGCAGCAAUUAUGGCAUCAGACAUGUGGGCGUACCCGGCACCGCCAUCGGCCCUUUCGGGGCCCAGGCGCUGCUGCUGGCAAUGGGAGUCGCACGGAGACGGGGACCUGGCUCAAACGGCCACAACGGCGACGGGGCCGACGAUGGCGAAGAAGCAGAUCGCUACCAAAGCACGGGGGGGCGGAGCGACGGAAGCCGCCGCCGCAGCAGGAGCAACAGCCAAACGAGCAAGAGGAGCGUACCAAGCCGUGAGAACAGCAGGGAUACCGACAGCUGUGUUGGCGGCGGGAACGGGGCUUGGCUGACCGUUGACAUGGCGCAUUGCUGCUUGGCGAGGAAAGCGACCGACGACGGGUCGGUCGACAGGGCGGUCAACGCGUCGGCGUUCAACCCAACGUCGCCCAACGGGGAAUACACGCUGGACUUGUCGAAUGCGCUCGAUCGACACGUCGCCCGCUGGCUGCAGAGGCUGGCCAGCACUCAGUCUGGCAAGUGUUGGGUUCAAUCGAAGCUCAAUAAGAAGGCGUUUUUGUUUCCCACGGAAGCUCCAAGUUCGUUCGAGCUGCCCGAUUCCGGGCUCCUAGAGCUGACGUUCGCGGCGAACCGCCCCGUCCUACCUCCCGUCUGGAAAGAUGGUCACGUGGAAGCCGCUAUUCAGAAGGUCAAAGCCGGAGGUGACGGUGUGGACAGUCUCGUCGGCGUGCGACUGGCGGAAACAAUCAUGAGCCUCCAUCCGGUCACCCUCGCGCAAGGACACGCCAUCCUUUCGGCCUUCAGGUGGUUCAGCUCGAGCAACCCCACCUGCAGCUACCGCCUCCGGCUAGGAAUUCCUGCCGAGCGGCUGGCGGCAACCAGACUGGCGGAUAACGGCGACUGGGACAAUUUCAGGAACGGAAUGCUAGACGGGAACCCAUUCGUGUAUCCUAAGGGAGGCGGUUGGGUGCCUCCGCCACAGGGCCUACUGUGCAUCGACUACGUCUCGCCCUUUGAACCGGCAUACAUGGAAGACGGAGAGGAAACGUCGCCGUCGCCGAUGACAGAUCAAGAAUUCCGAGUGUUCAUGGCUACCCAUGUAAUCCUCGAGGACCAGCCCGCUCCUUUACAGGGCGAGGUCGCCGAGGCAUUUAUUGCCGAUGCGUUUCGAGCUUUUGACAAGGUCCGUGACGCCAUCGCCGAGAUCCAGACUAUCCAGCACGAAGAAGACUCGUCUGCUACGGUUGAUGAUGACAAGGACGGCGAUGGCAACACGGGUGGUGCCAACCAAGCUGACGACGACAGCGAGAGCGGAGACCAACAAAAGAACGACAAGGAAAACCCCUGCGAUCCAGUGGAAGCCGUGACGUUCCUGUUUCGAAGACUGACAGACCGCGAGAACUUUCACCGGGUCACCCACCAGCUCCCCGACGAGGACAUGGUACGAGUUGGAGACGCGUUGGGAUGGCUGAAUGUGUUCAACCCAUUUCGCCCGGACGGAACAUACCGGUUGAAUCUCAACCGUCCUGACGAGAAGCGAUUGGCGGCCGCCGUAAUGGAGUUGGUCCGGAUUCCGAUGGAUAUUGGAAAGCCGGCUCUCAUGCAGGCGUUUCCUUCAGGAGCGUUCGGAUCCCACACCGAAAACUUUGUACCGCCCAAGACUUGGAAGAGAGCGCUGCCGUCCUCCGGUCGGUGGUCUUUCAAAUUGGCCGUGGAGACACAGAGGACUGAUCCAUCGUCCGCUGUGCCCCCUUCAAACGAGAACGUCGGUGGCAACAACGGGAGCAACAACAUCGACGAAGACAAUGACAAGGUGGCACAGCAAGAAGAAGUGCAGCAAGAGCGGGACAACUUCGCCGAUAAGGAUCCUCCCUCCGCCGGCGAAGGUCUCCAACCGAAAGACGAAACCCAAGGAAAAGGAGGAAGCACCGACGAAAAUAUUCGUUCUACUCCAGAGACCUCAGGUGUUGACGACACUAUCGGCGGCGCAUCACCUGUUCUCCAAACAGUGGCCGUUGCUGAUGCAGCGGAACGAGGCUUUGACAUUUGGCCUGGCAGGGCCACAUGCCGUGAAGUAUGUGAGAAAUAUCUAAGCUGGGAGCUCGAAGACGAUGACUUUCGCGAGCCAGACGAGAGGGGAGGGCUGGAGGGUGACGCCGUAGAAAGCGGUCUGGGGAACACUGAGAAGCAGAGGGAGGAAGAGGUCGCGGUAAGGGCGGCCUUGAUGAGGCGGCAGGCGAAGCUGCUGGCCGCUCUGAGGGACAUGCAGACUAACGACCAAGCGGGUGGUGUUGAUGUCGGAUGACGUCCACGCAAACUGUAUAUACACGGCCGUGGGAUGGGGGUUGCCUUAUAGGGUUGGUGGAUGUUGGCUUUCGCAGCUAGUCGUUGACCUCGCGAGAUGCCCAAGUCCAGGCGGAGAACCCUUUGGUGCUGGAAAUAGCAUCAGUCGCUCUGCAGGACGAGCGGACCAGGAAAGAAAAGCUGGUUCUGGUGGCGUGUAUGUUUAACACAAACGACGCGCUGCACUGUACUUGCUUCCACAAGUCACUGUCCCAAAUGAGCCGUCGGUGGGCGUAGAUGGGGGCUUUUCGUUUUUGUGUUUAGGUGGGGUUGAACUUUAAGUCGGUUACCAUGUCAACACGGAGAAUCGCUUGUUCGGCGAUUGGGAUAGAUAAGUAAAGACGUCCUCGUUAGAUGUCAGCACAGGUAAGACCAACGACCAACAACAAAUCCACCAAGAGCAAGAGCAUCACCAACAAGAACAACAAGACGACGAUCGCGACGACGACGACGACGUCGACGACAAAAAACAAAGGAUCAAACAACAAAUAAACACACGAAAACUUUCUGGACCAUGCCGGAACGUGCGUACAUUCUAUGAUGCGCUAGUGAGACGUGCCAAGACCCAUAAACAUAUCAACAACGUAUACCAAGGCCAAGCACAGCUGGAUGCCGGCUUACGAUACAGCUCAGUCACACAAGUUAUGACACGCCUGGAUUGCGAUAACACCAACCAGGUUUCCGGUCGCGGGCGACACCCCCAGCGCCAGAAGUAUCACGUCAGAGCCCAUAUCCUGAUCGGAUAACUCAGCAUAUUGCCUCCGGUCCGUAUGUAUCAGAACAUAGAAAACUCGCUGCUUCAGCACGUACUGCUUCAGGGAGGUGAGCUGUGCCCGGCUUCGCAACGUGAUCUCACGGUACGCUUCAGCUCCAAUGUCACCUUCAUCGGCCUCCGGGUCAACUACUUCAGAUUCUGCCUCCGCUACCGCCUCGGCUAAAUCUUCGGAAGUCGCGAAAAUGUACUGUUUUUCGUCGUCCUCGUGAACCUCGUCGGCGCACGCGAAAACCAGGUAACCCAGGUAAGGCAGGGGGGCGCCGCUACCGUCGUCAUCCAUGUCGGUGAUGGCGCUCUUGAAAUUUCCGGUCGCCUUGAGGUCUGCGACAAGCGUGGCGGGGGUUGGUAGGUUGUCCUCGUCGUAUCUUGACUUUUUACCUCCGCCGGCUGCUGCAGCUGCUGGAGACACCAUGAACCUCCGGAGUGGGGCGAUAGCCGCCCCGCCGGCCUCGAGCCCUUGGAGGUUCAACCCGCGCAGAAAAUCGACGUCAGCGACUUGCUCUGGUGAAAGCGCCUCGCGGUUUUGAUCGUCGUUUCCGUCACCAUUGAAAAGCACGCACGCGUGUUCCCCGGCGAA